AAAUUAUAAGUUUAUUAACAAUUUCUCAAUUUUCGUAAAAAAAAAAACUACAGAAACCAGCAGAAGGAGUCAACAACAAGAACCACACACACACACAUAAACAGCUGUUUGGUUAAUAUAUAUAUUGUGACCGGGUCAAAUUCAUUCACAAAAUGACACGCCUAACCGAGGAAAUGGUCAUUGCUCGGGCCAAGCAAUCAGAUUUAAGCCUAAUUACAAAACUCAAUUGCUGGGGCAGUGAUCUCAGCGAUGUCUCCAUAAUCAGGCGUAUGCGCGGUGUUGAAGUUUUGGCGCUUAGCGUUAAUAACAUUGCCACCUUGGCACCAUUUGAAGACUGCAAAAAGUUACAGGAAUUAUAUUUACGCAAAAACAAUAUCAAUAGUAUCAAUGAGGUUUCCUUUUUACAAAAUUUGCCAAAUCUCAAAUAUCUAUGGCUCGAAGAGAAUCCGCUCUGUGAUGAGGCGGGACCAAACUAUCGUGCAAUUAUAUUGCGUAUUCUGCCCAAUCUGAAGAAACUUGAUAAUGUUGAGGUCACACAAGAGGAACUGGAUGAUGCGUUGCGUGGACGAGAUGAGGAGGAGAUGUACGAAUAUGAUUCUAGAGAGUCACAGCAGCCACAUAGUACCUCACCACAGCAUGUGCAGCAGCAGCAGCAGCAACAACAACAGCAGCAACAACAACAGCAGCAGCAGCAACAACAACAGCAGCAGCAGCAACAACAACAACAGCACAGUUAUCCACAGCACUCGCCCCCACAGAUGCAACAGCAGCAAUAUCAUCCGCAACAGCAACAACAGCAACAGCAACAACAACAACAACGUUGCAGUUCAAGCCCCAUAAGAGAGCCGCCGCAAUUAGCAAGUCCAAUUGCUAUUAGCAGCGAUGGAUCAUCAUCUAAUUUAGCAAAUAAUAUCGAUUUUUAUAAUAAUCAAAUGCUUAACUCAGAACCUCCGACACCGACAAAGGAACCCGUGCAUCCGCCAUCGCCCAAACAUAAUACCAUAACAAAAGAGCAUCGAACUUCCUAUCAUCAAAACGAUCGCUCACCCGGCUCUGAUCAGGAAAGUCCACAUGCUGGCUACAGAGAAGUUCGACCAACUCCUCUGCCGCCCAGCAUAUCGACACAUUCCAUGAAGGAAUACUAUCAGUCGGAUAGACCUGCCUAUCCUGCGCACUAUCGUCACAGUCAGACAGAUCUAACCGAAUGGGAGGAGCAUCAGCAGCAUUCGCAUAAUCCAUAUGGCAGUCAAAUGCAUCUUAAUCAUCAUCAGAGUCAGCGGCGUAUUGCCGGAAGUGCUGGUCCCAGUGGCGGCGGUGGCGGUGAUGGAGGAGAUCGUGGUUAUGGCUAUAGGAAUGGCAGUGCUCGCGAGAAUGGUGGUGAAUGGGAACCAGAGGAGAGGCAGCGGGCAAGACGCCCAGAGGUGCGGUGUAGUGAUUCGGUUAGCAAUGUCUCCACCAAUGUGAUGAAUCAUUAUGCAGGCUAUCAUCGUCGGCCUGUCAACCGGAAUUCCAAUCUAUUGUCGGCAUGCCUUUGCCUGGUCAAGGAACUGGACUAUGCUAGUCUCGAGGUACUCGAGCACGCUGUGCGCUGCCGCAUUGAUGAAUUUCCCAACGAAUGAUGAAGACUACUAGCUAAUCGCAUGUCGGUUAGUUAGGGAAUUUACAAAAACACGAAAAUAAUAAUUAUAGCAAGAAUCAAAAAACAACAAGAAAAAAGACACUCGAAUUAUUGUACUAAUAUUAAAUGUAAACCAUAAGCUAACCGACUAAGCGCAACACAACAAACACUUACCCACAAACAAACAAAGAAACAAACAAACAACAAACUUACUUGCCAAUUGAGAAACUGUAAUAACUCCCAAAACAAGAAAUAAGGUUUUGAUAUAAGCCUUUUGCUAAUUCUAAGUAACUAUAUAACAUUAAUUGACCUAAAUCAAUAUUUGAUGGAUUGUGUAAAACUCAAUUGCAAUUUUUUGUACACUCACUCGAACUGGUACGAUCUGUUAAAACUUAAUUAAAUUUAAUUUGUGUAUAGUUUUGGUUAAACGCAGUAA